GACCCGCGUAACACGUGACCAACAACCGAAACAUGGCGGCGUUCUGCUGCGUAACUUCCAGGAAUAAACCCCGGAGCUCCGCUAAGCCCCGCCCACUGCUCCGAGGACUCUGACCUCGUCUUUAGCGCGGAGGAUCAUGGGAACGAGGAGCCCCCGUGUAGAAAAGGGGGAUCGGCCACGGCUGGAUGGACUCUUCCUGCGCAGGUUCCUGAUGCUUCAGACUGUGCUGUUUCCACAAUGGACGUCUGAGAACACCCUGAUGCUGCUGACAUUGCUGGUGGCAGCACUGACAGGGCAGCUAGUGGUUUAUCAGGUUGGCAUUCUGCCCAGUCAGUUCUAUGGCGUGCUGUCGGACCGGGAUCUGGCGGGUUUCCGGCGGUUGGCGGUUUUGGCUGUGGUCCUGAUUUUGGCCAUUUCUCUGCUGCGCGGCAUGGAGCAGUACAUCAGCAAGCUGGUCUACGUGAACUGUCGGCAGGUGAUGACGGAACAUCUUCACCGACUCUACUUCACCAAACACGUCUAUUACACGCUGAGUGCGGAGCGGCCACGUGUGGAUAACCCAGAUCAGAGAAUGACGCAGGACGUGGAGCGCCUGUGCCGGGAACUUGGCUCUGUCGCCAGCAAACUCCUAACCACGCCAUUCACGCUGGUCUACUACUCCUAUCAGUGUGCCAUCAGCACCGGCUGGAUGGGGCCGCUCUCCAUUUUCGGCUACUUUCUUAUUGGAUCGCUCCUGAAUAAACUCCUGAUGGGGCCCGUCAUCCCAAAGCUGGUGCAACAGGAGAAGCUAGAGGGCGACUUCCGUUUCAAGCACGUGGAGAUCCGGGUGAAUGCGGAGGCCGCGGCUUUUACCAGGGCCGGUUCAGUAGAACACGCCAGGACGACGCAGCGCCUGCAGCGCCUCGUUAGUGCCCAGAAGGAGCUGAUGAAGCAGGAGCUGUGGCUGUAUUUUGGAACCAACACGUUUGAUUACCUGGGGGGGAUCCUGAGUUACAUGAUCAUCGCUGUCCCCAUCUUUGCUGAAGUCUACAGAGACCUGAGCGCAGCGGAGCUGAGCGAGCUUAUCAGUAAGAACGCCUUUGUCUCCAUUUACUUGGUGAACUGCUUCAGUCAGAUCAUUGACCUGUCCGGCAGUCUGUGCGAUGUGGCUGGGUACACUCACCGGAUUGCUGAGCUGGACGAGGCCAUGAGGGGCAUCCUGCAGGGGCGGAAGGAUGAAGACCAGGAGGAGUCAGGUGACCCGCAGCCCCGCGACGCCGCCUUUGUGCUGGAAGAUGUGACCAUCGCGGCGCCGGGAUCAGACGCCACACUUGUCCGAAACUUAACCAUUCAUGUGAAAGAAGGAAGCAACCUCCUGAUCACGGGGGAAACUGGCAGCGGUAAAUCCUCCGUUCUCCGUGUGCUGGCGGGACUGUGGGACCCCAAGCGUGGUCGGGCUUGUGCUUGCACCCCGUUUGGGCCCCAUGGUGCGCUGUUCCUUCCCCAGAAGCCGUUCGUCAGUGAUGGAAGUUUGAGGGAGCAGGUCAUUUACCCCUUGAAGGACGUGUACCCAAACUCUGGUCAGGUGGAUGAUGAGCGGAUCCUGCGGUCACUGGACAUGGCAGGACUGAAUGGUUUAUUGAGGAGAACAGGGGGGCUGGACCAUCACGUGGACUGGAAGUGGUCCGACAUUCUGUCACCCGGGGAAAUGCAGCGUUUGGCUUUUUCUCGGCUCUUUUAUCUGCAGCCAAAAUAUGCAGUGCUGGAUGAAGCGAGCAGCGCGCUGAGCGAGGAGGCAGAGGUGGAGUUGUACACACGCUGCAGGCAGCUGGGAAUGACGCUGAUCAGCGUGGGCCACAGGCGCAGCCUCACGCAGUUUCAUGACCUGGAGCUGAAGCUUGGACCCGAUGGACAGUGGGACCUGAAACGUUUCAUUAAAGCGCAGGCUGCGGGCGGUGGUCACUGAAAAGGCGACCCUACUGCACUACAGUACCAGACGCUCGCCCAUCUCUCCUGGGGUGAUUGUACGCAGGCAGGACAUGAGUCUAUACAUACAGCUUUAUUUUACACCAGGUUUCUGUACAGUAUUUACA